AUGCACCAUCCGACAGACAGGAUAGCACAUACCACGGCCUUUGGUGUACCAGUCGUGGUGCACUGGCUGAAGCGAGAAAUAGCACAAUGAAACAGUUACUGUCUUAAGAUAUCCGCUAGAGCCACGCGGCAUUCGUAAUUCCUGAGACUCUCAGCCGACCAACAUAUUGCACAUUCACUAAUUACAAAAAAUGAAUUCAUUUCAUUCAUACAAACUAAACAACAUAAAAAACCCCAACAAAACCCCCAAAACAAGUAAAAAGAAAAAAGAAAAAAGAAGAAAAAAAAAAAAAGGAAAAAAAAAAAAAAAAAAAAAGAAGAAAAAAAAAAAAGCAAGCAAGAAAAAGAGCGAUGGAAGCAAUCUUAUUAGACUGGUUCCAGGUCGGCUGUUUCUAUUAAUGCAGCGAACAUGGCAGCGGAUUACAAUAUGUGUGACAGAGAAUGGCUUUCGGCGGUCUCGGACAAAGCUCAAUCAAACGGCGCAGGGACCAGUCUCUCGUAGUUUAUUCAUGCACUGUAUUAAUUGCUCCUUUGUGUUUCUGUGAUCAAUAUCGAUAUCACAAAUACGAGGUCGAUACGAUCAGGAAUAUAUUAUGUGUGCUUCAACUUGCACUCUCCGUCAGGAUUCAGGGAGCUCGAGUGUUUACGUUACCUGCGUGACUCCCUGUCGUAGUGGCUCGCAUGCAAGUAAUCGUGCUUUAUUGGAAUCCUGUGUUUGGACUACUCAUCAUCAAGUGCAGUGUUUCAACCUGCAGUGUGAAGUGAAACGUAAAACCCGGUCGAUUUAAUAACAAUAACAUUCAGUAAUCCCCACAUGGAGCAGAAAAACAACGCAGUUUAUAUGGGUCUGUAAUAAUGCGAAAAAUACACAAAGACACAAUGAGGUUUGUAAUCAGUUCAUUUGAAUCUGAAGUGUUUUUCAAUGCACGACUCCAUGGUGAAGAAAACAAUACAGUUUACAUAGAGUAGGUUUGUAAUUAUGCAAAAGAUACACACAGACAAAGAUGUUUGUAAUCAGUUCAUUUGAAUCUGAAGUGGUUUCCUGUCGAGCACAUCAUAGUGCAGAAAACGAAUACAGUUUACAUAGAAUAAGUGCGAAAAAUACAUACAAAGCAUAAAGAGGUUUGUAAUCAAUUCUUUUGAAUCUGAAGUGUUUUUCUGUGCAAGACUCCAUGGUGUAGAAGACAAACGCAGUUUACAUAAUAAGUUUGUAAUAGUGCGAAAAAUACACACAAUUAAAGAGGUUUGUAAUCAAUCCAUUUGAAUGUGAAGUGUCUUUCAGUGCAGUACUCGUCCACAGAAUCAUGAGAGUGACUAUACAUCUCUGUAUUAGAUAUGUUAAAUAGUACAGGACUUCCUCUCAUGAUCGCGUCGCUCUUGCCAAACUGCUCCAAUGGCUUCAAACUCAACGGUCCGAUAGAAGCGGCCAACGCUAGUCUUCCCAAAGACGUCAACGCUUACAACGACAACGGUGCCGUCGUGUACAUCGUCGCAGUACUUAUGUUCUACUCCACCGGCAUCGUCGUCAUGAUCAUACAGUACCUCAAGACGGAGAAGAAGGAGAUAGAAGAGGAGAUAAGUCUGGAGACGUUCUUCAAAAAGAUGCCGGACAGACGGCGCGAGGAGGAGGAGAAACGGGUGAAUAAGGUGGCCAUCCGGGCAUUCCACACUCUGACGUCAUUCUCCUACGAGAAUGACGACGAUUUUGACUUGGAGUCGCCCAUCAUGGAGCACCCACAUGAGGAACAAGCAAUGACUCUGCUCGUUACAGACGUAUGAAUGUCCAGUUUUGUGAUACAACGGUUUUGGGCAUUUUCUACUGGAUUACUGCUCAAGAUCGCCGCGAGAUCAAACUCAGACGUGAACAAGUGAUGGUUUGAGUGAUUCAAAAUUUGUCCUACGCCCAGCCAUUGGACAUGCCAGAGACUGGACGUAGGAUGGACGUACCUGAAAUUUGAUUGGAUAUAGAGAUAUAACUCUAGAGUUACCGGAACCGGGUGAUUCCUUGCAAAUGUAUAAUUUACCCAGUUUUUGGAAUAGUCAUUCAAUGAAGCUGUGAACAUUUUUCACGUUGCAGACAUGGAAUUAUACAAUUUUGGAGCACCUACGUUGAAGUGAUAUGAUUUAUUAUAUUUGGAUACCCACUGAAUGCAUGUACCCGCUAUUUAGUACUUUUAUAAUGCACCGGAUAUACCAGCGAACACGAGCAAUUUAGCAACAAUAUUUUUAUUUGUUUUGUUUUGAACAACCACAGGCAUAUAGCUGGCUAUUUCGGAACAUCCGCCUGAUGCACCAGUGAGAUACAAAUAUAUAAUUUACUUUUUCUAAAACCCGUCGGGUGUACUCGUAUAGCUGGCAGUUCUAUUAGUUCACACCACGUUCCAGACACAGCGGAUUAUUGUUUUUUAAAUAUGGGAUUUAUUAUUUUUAGAACAAGCACCACAUGAACAAACUUGUGCUUGGCUAAUGCAGAAUAUAAACACACAUGGUGCAUCUUCGAGCACUCUGCUCAAAUAUUCGAAUCUGGGACGGAUAGAGUUCCAUGUCUAGUGGAUCAGAAUUUCCAAAUGUACUGACAAUGGUAAGGGUCUCAUAAAUGCCCGGCAUCCAUGGUUCAUGACGGUUCUCUAGAUUGCUCAUUCAAGCCCUGACUUGGCUACAUUUUAGUAGUGUUACGGCCCUAUGAGUGUUAUUUCAACGAAAGCUAGUGAUAAAUAUAUAUUUUUUUCAGAACAGAUAAUAAGACAAACUAAUCGGUAUUGAAAGCAUAUCACGCUGUUCUGGUCCACUGUGUAUACUGGAUAAGUUUAUUACAUCACAUUUGUUGAUUAUUUUGCAUUUUAAAAUUAUAUAGCAUUUAUUGUAUUAUAUUGAAAAAACCCCAUCCAUGAUUAUAUUGCAUCUGUUAUUAAUAUUGCAUUUAAUGUAUGGCAUUUUAGGCCAAUAGGAACCGGGGCAGGGGAUCGGGGAGUCUUGUCCUACUCAAUAUAAACAGAGAUAUAAAUAGGGCUCGUGCCCCUCCCCCCACACUUGAGAUUGUGCCCCACACUCCAGAUAUCGUUCCUAUGGGUCUACAUUUUCAUUGCAUAGUAUAUUGGAUUUAUAAAUAAUAUUGCAUUCAGCAUUAUAUUAUCUUUACCUUUGUAAUAUUAUAAUUAUGAGUUAUAUUGCAUUUUUGUUUAUUGCUGCAUUUGCAUAUUUUAUUGCAUUUUUAUAAGUACCACAGUCUACACGUAUAUUAAAUUUGUUUGUUAUUCUGCGGAGACAUUGUAAGAAAUUAUUAUAUUGCAAAUGAAUGAUUAUAUUGCAACGUGAUAUGCAUGUAUGAUCUUGUAACUGAUUUAUGAACUGGAUCACAAAGAUCACACGAUUCUUUAUUAUGUAACUGCACGAACAUUUUAAUAAAAUAAUUUUUUCUCAAA